CCCUAUAAAAAAAAUUCUGGAAAAAACUAUCAUUUUUUAUCAUUUUUCUAGUUUUUAUUCUGAAGAAACUCAGACAUGUGAUCGUUUAUUUUUUUUUUUUCGGAAAAGGAUAUCCAAAACUUAAUAAAGAUAUCCUUUUCUUGAUAUUUGAAGAAUUACAUUAUUUUCCGAAAAAGAAUAUCCCAAACUUAACAAAGAUAUUCUUUUCUUGAUAUUUGAGGAAUUAAAGAUUAUUCUGAAGAAACUUAGACAUGUGAUGAAGAAAAAUGGCCAAACUUAAUAAAGAUAUCCUUUUCUUGAUAUUUGAGGAAUUAUAAGAUUAUUUUUCGAAAAAGAAUAUCCAAACUUAACAAGGAUAUUCUUUUCUUGAUAUUUGAGGAAUUUCAGGAUUAUAGAAAAUUUCUAAUUUUAACUGGAGAGGAAAUUAUUUUUUUAAAAAAUAAAUAAAAGGGAUAGUAAUAAAAAAAUUUUUUUAUGUAAUACUAAUUUUGGAGGUUUGACUGUACUUAGAGAUUCGGAGGGGCGAUGGGUCGGAUUGGGUCGCGUUUAACUCACCGACAGGUUAUUCACCGACAAACGUUUUACCGAUAUAUAUAUAAAAUUAAAUAUAAAAGUUUUAAAUAUUUUUACGUAUAUAUUUAUAUGAAAUAGAAUUUUUAGUAGCACGUAUUUCCUUGUUAGAUUUAAUAAAAUACAAAAAA